AGAUAAUUCUGUGAAUACUGGAAAAAGAGUGUUACUCUUUCUAGCUGUACCCAUGGCUGACGCGAGCUCAAUAUCGGCUUUAAUUCGCGUUUAGUCUCGUGAAAUGCGUCAAGUGAAAGGCUGCCCAAUUCAGGAAUGUCUUUGAUCGAUGCCAAUGUUUACCCCCAUUUGCAUCACGAUGCAGAUGACAGCGCUGAAGACGAAGGCGACCUUUUUAACGGGGUUAUUGCCAAAUUGGAAAUCAAUGAUGCUUCCAUCUUCAAGUUUCAAGUUGCGAAGACAUUCGAGAAGAACACGGCACCCGUAAACUCAUUGUCUUUUUCAGACAAUGGAGAGCUCAUUUUGAGUAGCGCCGAAGACGAUCAGAUGUGUCUCUACGAAUCAGUUCAAGUGAGAAUUUACUUUUAAAUUGAGAAAUCCUGGCAUAUUUUAUUCGCAUAGCAGGGUCUGUUCAGUAAGGAUAUCGGCAGCAAGAAGUACGGCUGUUCACACGUUAUUUUCACUCAUUGUAAUGAACAAGGCAUACAUGCAUCUACGAAGCUGGACCAUGGUAUACGUCAUUUGGAUAUUCCAAAUAGCAAAUACAUCAAAUAUUUUUCAGGGCAUCAGAAUACCGUUGAUGUGCUCAAAAUGUGCCCACAACAGGAUUUAUUCAUGUCAGGAUCCGCCGGAGACGAAAGAACCUUCCGUUUGUGGGAUGUUCGAUCACCAAAUUGUCAAGGAUUGAUAAAUCUUGAGUUUUCGAAUGAAGCCACUACGCAUAGACUUAGGUUUAUUGCAGCCUUUGAUCCUCAAGGAUUGGCAUUCGGGAUUGGAGCGGAAGACCGAAUAUUUCGACUAUUUGAUCUCCGAUCUUUUGACAGUGGUCCGUUUAUAGAAUUCACGUUGGAAAAUGAAUUCGAUGAAUCUAGUUGGCAUGAUGUAAAAUUCAGUCCAGACGGAAAAUUCCUAGCGGUUUCUACUUCAACGAAGUUACUGAUUGUGGAUGCUUUCAACGGGGAUGUUGUAAGGGUAUUCAAGGAACAUCGAACAGUAGGUGAAUCAACUACUGGUCCCCUGGAACCAUGUUUUUCGCCGUGUUCUCGAUACGUGCUAUCUGGGUCGACUGAUCAGAAGCUGCUUGCAUGGAACAUUGAAACCGGAAACAGGGUCAUGAUGAAAGAAACCACUCAUUCAAUUUGUCGUGUGUUGAAGUUUAACCCUACCUACUUCAUGUUGGCUUCUGGUGGCGUUUCAACCAAUUUUUGGGUUCCAGUCGUGAGUGGCGACGAUGAAACGGAAGAAUCACCCACGAGUAUUGAACGUGAAAAUGGGAAUUUUCAGAUAGUGGAAGCUGUUCAAGAUAUCUACAGCCCUGUGAAGAGCAAGGUUAAACUGCUCCGAGUUGGACUGUACGAACUCCAAAAAACCAUCGGGAAAGGGAAUUUCGCUGUUGUUAAAUUGGCAACUCACAUAAUUUCCGGGACUGAGGUGGCCAUCAAAAUCAUCAACAAGGUCGGCUUGGAUGAUGAUUGUCUCAAGAAAAUUCUUCGCGAAAUUGAAAUAAUGAAGAUGCUCCGACAUAAAUUCAUCGUCCGAUUAUAUCAGGUGAUGGAAACCGAACAAAAGCUUUACUUAGUUACAGAAUAUGCUAGUGGAGGGGAAAUUUUCGAUUAUCUUGUUGCUAACAAACGGAUGAGCGAAGAAGAGACGAGAAAGAUCUUUCGUCAAAUCGUUGCUGCCAUUUUCUACUGUCAUCAGAAUGGCAUUGUCCAUCGUGAUAUUAAAGCUGAAAAUUUGUUACUUGAUCGCGAUAAAAAUAUUAAGCUUGCAGACUUCGGAUUCAGCAACUUCUUUACUCCGAACCAGAAACUUUGCACUUGGUGUGGCAGCCCUCCCUAUGCGGCUCCGGAACUAUUCGAAGGCAAAAACUACGACGGCCCAAAAGCUGAUAUUUGGAGUCUUGGAGUAGUGCUGUACGUCCUGCGUUGCGGUUCUCUGCCGUUUGAUGGCUCAACGCUGCAGUCCUUGAGGUCUAAGGUUAUAUCUGGAAAGUUCCGUGUACCGUAUUUCAUGUCAACAGGCAAGUAUUGUGAGCACCUAGUGCGGCACAUUCUGUAUGUUGAUCCUGAUAAACGCUACAGUAUGAACCAAAUUAUAUCUCAUCGCUGGAUGAAGGCCGGUCCAACUGAUCCGGAGUGGGAAAGUCUCGUAGAAAUGUCCAAAUAUGAGACUCCGAAAGCCUUCCCGCAAAUAGAAUAUAUUCCUCCGGAUGCAUUCCACGCGAGUGUCCUCGAAAUGAUGGAAGAAAUCCCUGGACUCACGAAGGAACGCAUAAUUCAGAGCGUCAAUGAGGGUUGUUUCGACCACGUGAGCGCAUUGUACAAUCUUCUCGUGCAAUUGGAUGCAAAAGGGAUCCUGGGGAGUGUUCGACGUCCGUUGAGUGUCCCACGACCCCGUGCCGGCCCUUCACCUGACCGCCUAACUUGUGAUCGAAGUGAAGUGCGUGACAACGUGCCAUCAGUUACGAUCAGUGAUUCGUCGAUUCCUGAACAACAACCUCGGCCCCUGACUCUACCGCCGGAGUGGGUCAUUGACAAUCAGAUGGUGGAAAAAUUUGGAGAAGGUGGCGAUUGUGUCGAAUCUGACGGCGAAGAUCAGCCGCAUGCCCAGUACGGAAGAUUUUUGACGACUCGACGGCAUACGGUGGGACCCGGCGAUACGCUACACGAACAAGUUGGACACCCGUUACAAGAGCUCAAUGUUGAUAAUCCGGUGGAUGCGGGGGCUGCGAAGCCGGUCAUCAUUCCAAACAUUAAUCUCCCCGUGAACAUUCCGUUGUUACAAGGAUUGCCGACCGAAAAUUUUUCUGUGAAGAAUCCUCACCUUUUACGACCACCAGCUUACAUGGGAGCUAGUUUCGGACGGCGAGCCAGUGAUGGUGGAGCUAAUGUUCCAAGAACUGCUCAUGGACACAUUUCGGAAAACCAAAGCCCCGCAGGCUCUGCCUUCGUAACUAUGACACCUCGUUCGGGGAGUCAGGAACAUCUUCGGCUGGCAUCUGCUUUAAUGCCUAUGGGUGCGUUUGCGCCACAUCAUAUAGUGAUGGAAAUGGAUGAACAACCUCCGCCGCCCCCGAGUCCAACUGACAAUUCUCCUGCGUGCCUGAGAAGUUACUUAGCGGUGCGUGGGACUGCGAAAAGGCACACUGUGGCGAGUGCCGAAGAAGCACAAAUGGGUCGUCGAGUGCGGCGAACCGGAUUGCACAUGUUCACGGAUCGACCCCCAAUGUUCGGAGUGGUGAGGCCGGAGUCUGCUGGAACAGAAGGUGGGAUCACGUCUGGUUUGCCAGCGCCGAAAUAUCGCGGUAUGCAGGGGCAACUGAACCGCAUUCUCCAACAGUUGCAACCGUUGCCCAAGGUCGGCGGUAUUGGGACUGGCAAAAUGCGAAUGCGGCGGUCAGGUUUGACCACCGUCAUGGAGCAACCACCCGACUUCUUCGAUGCGACGCAUGGUGCUCGAGAUGGGCAAGUUAAAGUGAAAUGCAAUUACCUCAACGUCCCUGGUUCCGGAUUCCAACUUCGGAGAGCCAGUGACGGGAGUCCCCUGGGGGCAGGGAUCGGAACUGGGACCCCGUACCAACGGACUCCACCUCAUUUAGAUCCGUCUUUUCCACCACCAAUGCAGCGAGAAUGUUUGCUGCUUCAGCAGCAACAAAGAGGCGGAAUGCCCUAUGCCGACGGUCACGGGCAAAUGCCUUGGAUGCCAACUGCUGGAGACCGUGUGCGGUCUCUCUCUCCACACGGCAUCCCUUCUGCCAGCGCUUGCAUUUCUCCUGUUCCUUCUCCACCCAAUUGUGCUGGUUCUCCGUUGCAUCACGGCAGCAGUCAGCUUGACGCAUCUACUGCCUACCAAGUAGCACUAAGCCAACAGAUCCAGCAACUCCAUCUGCAACAACCUGGUGUCACUUCGCCGAGCGGUUCAAUGUCAUCAUAUCCAUCUGUGUCCCCAAUUGGCCGAGGAUCCAUCAGUCAGGGAACAAGUGGACUGUCAAGCUUGAAUAGCAUGAAUACUGCGUCAAUCCCGGUUGCAGUUGCUCUGUCGUGUGCUUUAGUUGUUGCUGCGGAGACCUCGCCAGGUUUUAUGACUCCGCCGCCGGUUCAUCCGCAAAGGGCAUCUCCUCCGUCGAAUUUGGGUCGCAUUCAGGAAGACGUAAUGGAGCAAAACGUGAUUGAUUCGUUAGGAAGCCCAGAAUCUGUUGAGGAUUUGGAUGAAGAUGGAUUGAGCUCCGCAAAGGUUGAAGGACCCGACUGUCCUCAGAUUUCAGUCACCGACGUCAUGGGAGAAGUGAGCAUCCGCGUCCCUCAGUGUGUCCCAAUGGAUGACUCCGACGAUCCUUUAGUGCUGAUGCAAUCCGCAUCCAUUACCAAAGGAACAAGUGGAAAAAUCGUACCCGGCUCGUCUCAGCAAUUCCGAAAGCAAGCGUACUUCCAAAAUGAUUUGUUCCACUGCACUUACCCGCCUGGUAUGGGUCCCGUAUCAUCCAACCUAGUGCAAUCGGAUAAUAUCUCGUCGAUGGAGAAGACCUCGAGUGGUUCCGUCAAAGUGCCGUUGUCCACGGAAUGCGCGGGCUUAGAUCAGCGAGCGAUAUUGUCCAUCCUUCAGCAAGUGAUCCAAAUCAGAGCACCGGAGCUAGAGCUCUGUGAUCCCUCGAGGGCAGCGUUCUCUGUGCCCCAUCCCGAAGGGUCUCUUUUCGUUGAGCAGCGUGUGGAUCACGAGCAUGAUCCCGUGCGUGUUGAGCUUAGAAUUCAGCAGGAGCCCGGCGACUCGCGCAGCCUGAAAAUUCGCCACAUCGGGGGUGACCAUUCGCAAUACGAUUUAUUCUGUCAAAGGCUCAUUCAAGGUAUCAUAAGUUGAUGGAGCUGUUAUUUAGGGAGGGCCAUCCCGAACCGAACGCGAGUUGCGAUGCCAAAAUUCAUUCCGAUCAUGGAAGGGUAGAGCGAAACCGAAUUUCCGAGGCUUUUGAGUUCGGAGGGUUAGUCUUUGAUGUGAUUGAUCAUUUGUUCGUUAUUUUGAGUAUGAAAGAGCGCUUUCGAGCUAAAGCCAUUUUGAAACAGUUUCGGUACGCGAGGAAAUUCGGAGUAACUCAAGGUCACAUACGAAUACUGCGGAUGUUCGAGGGCGGUAUUCGUUUUCGUAUUGGCUCUCUUUGGUCUCUUUUCCAAGGGAAGGGAGAUGUCUUUCGUAUGUGAAAGGAUGGAUUUCAAUUUUGCAGUCGUCCAUUCGUGAUUUUUUGUUGCACUCCAGUGUGCCUCAGUUUCAAAAUGACGGUAAUGUGGGAGGAAAAUUCAGGUUUUUCUGUUGUGUUCGCUACAUACGUGUGAACCCGGUGAAUUCGGUUACCCCAUGAUUCAUUUGUAUUCUGUUAUUGAACUUCUGCUCUUCGGGCCGAUCUUCUGAAGUACAGUAAUCCAGCUAUCUUGUAAAAUCUCUUAAUUUCAAGUGCAGCUGCACGACGAAAUUAUACAUCGAUUUUUUGCUGUAUACUGCGAUAUUCAAUGCUUGAAUAUUGGCGUAAUUUUCUAAUUUAAAUUUGUACCUUCAGAUAAAGGAAGUAAAUUGAGGUGAGUUCUUCAGCGUCUUUUUCGAUGCCUGACAAAAGCGGUUGCAAAUAAAAUUAUGAAAAUUAGAUCAGGAACAAGAUAAAGCCGAACGUUGGAAACCUUCGUUCAAAAUUACAUUUUUAAAAUUCUCCCUGAUCUGUGCAAUGUUGAAAGCACGUUUGUUACUGUAUAUUGUAUCUUAAACAUAGGAUCAAUCGUAAUUUGAUGGCAAAAGCUGGUUGAAGUUAUGUUACGAUUUUGAAAUCCUUUUUUUUUUGUGGACUUCCAAAUGCUGCUUGAUUUACUUGUAACAUUCCAAAUUGCUUUUGAGCAUUUACGACUUUUUCGUUUGAUCCCUUUUUAAUUUUUGUGUGUUAAGAGCAGAAUUCAGCACUGUAUUGCCAAUUGUGAUUGCUUUUGUUCAGUCAAUCAGGGGAAGGUCGUACGAAUUUUUAAUUUUAUCCAAUUUUGAGAAUUUUGAGAAUGCUCGUUUUACGUUAACUUCCUAUUCGUCUCUUCCAAAGAAGCGGCAGUGAAGUGAUAUCCGUCAUUCCUCAUCCAUUCCCAGCUAAACUCAUUUUCAAAAAUUAAUUCAACCUUUGCAGCGGUUGUGGUGAUAAGUGUCUAGAAUUUUGAGUCUUAUAGAGCUUCAAGCUGUACGGAAGAAAGAAAAUCUUGAGCUGAUUUCUUUUCAAGUGUCUUUGAAAUCACAAACCGGAAAGAAGCAAUCUCAAAUCACGGGCUGAAUCCCGACAAUCACUGUUUCAAUUCAUUUUGAUGAACCUACUAAAGUUUUCUCUGUCGACGAAUGAAUGACAGAUCAUUUGAAUGCGUGUUUUUCGUGUGUAUCCGUACUCAUUCAGAUUUGCCAUGGUUUUUUUUUUUUUUUUCAAUUUCAAACCUUCACAUUUUCAGAGGGAAUUGAUGGAACCCGUCAAUAGUGGGCACGAAUUUUUCUGAAAUGCAUCGGAAUUAUGAAAUUAUGACUAAUUAAUUGUGUGGUUCGAAUUGAAUGAUUCUCCCUCGUCAAACAAAAACAAAUCUGUGAUCCGUUUUAAUUUUGAAAAUCGUAUCGAGUGUCUUUUUCUUCUCUUCUUACGUAUUGGUCUCACUUCUUAAAAUAUUUAGUUGCUUUUAGAUCCUAAACGCUAAAUGAUUGGCAGAUUUAGUAUCUUCAAGAGCCCAUCCCAGAAACUUAUUGUUCGUGUUCUGUAUUUUCUAUUGAGUACCUCCAGUGCUCCUCGAUCUUGGUACCAAGAUUUAAAUUGGGAGAUAAAUGCUCUACACAAGUUAAGUUUUUCGAAGUGUGUCUCGGUAAAGCAUCUCCUUCAAGUGAUACAUUGGUGAAUUUACCAGAAUUCCGACAUUGAAUUCGAUUUUUGAAGACAAAAACGGCGGAGUGCGAAAUCGAUAUUCUGCGUGAUCCUCCCGCGAAAUGAUUCUUGUUAGAAAGGGAUCCUAGCUGAAUUCUCCGCGUGUAACUGUGUGUGUCUUUUCGUCCUGUAACAAGAGCACUUCGAGGUGAAGUUAUUCUGAUCGCGAUGUUGCGAUUAUUCCUAGGAAGCGAACAACGAAUUAUUUGAAUUCUGCGGGUUUCUUCGAUUCUGAAAUUUUAGCUUACCAUUUGGUCUAGUUCGAAGCGUUCGCGAUUGCAUCACUUUGAAACUCGGUGUCCGAUUUUUCAAGAAUUUCUCCGAGUGAGACGGAAGGCGAUGAAGUCAUGGGUGUUCAGAGAUUUUCAAAAGAGAUCAUUGUCUUGAAACUGGUCAUUAGGUGCACUAGACGUUCGUUGCGAGGAACGAUCGCGAAAAGGAAAAGCAUUUUGUUUCUUCCUGGAAUCGUUCUCUCUACUGUGGUGUGUCUGUUCGUUUUUGUUUACAUGAGAAGCUUGACUGAUAGUGGAAGGAAAGACGAAAUCGGGAGUGGAAUUAAAUUUGUUGUACGAGGACAAUUCUGCCUUGUAUCCAGAUUAUUCUCAUUUUUUAAUCGUCGUCGUGUGCGUCUGAUUUUCGCAUUCAGGAUGCGUUCAGCCAGCAGGAAAAGGACCAGAUCAGAGGGAAAAGGAAUCGGAGACUUCUCUAGUCCACCCAUCUUGUGUAUUGUUGGACUCAAUGGCAUGAUACCUAAUCGUUCUAUUGUAAUCGUGUUCAUGAUUAGUAUUAGAAAGUCGGAAGACGUGUAUGGCUGGGAGUACUUCUUCAGCAUGUCCCAAUUA